AUGACUGAUUAUGGCGGAGACAACUUUGACUUUCUUCUUCAGCUGACUAAAGUGCUUACCUCUGAAUGUCGGUCUAGCAGGCAAGAAACAGAUAAAAUCGAACUACUUCUUAAAAGAGUUGCUAAGCAAGCCGGCAUAUCUUAUAGUGAGUUUAGUAAGCCUAUUACAGGGGAGACUCAGAACAAAUAUGACUCACUAUGCAAGCCAACCGAAAGAGAGACUCUUAUACAAGAGAAUUACCAGUUAUUAUAUCAGAUCGAACAGCAAGAAUAUAUCCAGAAGAAGAUUUGGCACCUAAUCAAUAAUAUUAAUGAACAUUUGAACUCAAUUAAAAGUUUUAUUGUUGAACAAAAAUUAAAUAGGGCAUUGGAUUUAGAUACUUUCAUGUGUGACAAUUUCGGCAAUAAAAUUAACGCAUUACAGUCAAAUAUUACCGUACUAAGGACAUCUGGUCAAAUCUCUAAAGAAAACAUAGAGGAUAUUAUAAAUAAAUUCAGGAUUCUAUACAAGACAGUAGAUUGGGACAGCAUACGAAGGGAUUCAACUUCAUACAAGAACCUAAUCAACAAAAUAAAUCGUAUCGAGGAAGAAUAUAAUAUUAAAUUAAUUGAUCUAUAA